GCCGUGAAAACGAAGUAAACAAAAACAAACAUGAAGUCGAAGGAGUUGUCCGUAGACCUCCGAGACAGAAUUGUCUCGAAGCACAAAUCCGGGGAAGGCUACAGAAAAAUAUCCGCUGCCUUGAAUGUCCCAAUGAGCACAGUGGCCUCCAUCAUCCGUAAAUGGAAGAAGUUCGGAACCACCGUCAGUCUUCCGAGAGCUGGCCGGCCGUCUAAGCUGAGCGACCGGGGGAGAGGGACCCUCGUCGGGGAGGUGCCCAAGGACCCCAUGGUCGCUCUGUCAGACCUCCAGCACUCCUCCGAGGAGAGAGGAGAACCUUCCAGUAGGACAAGCAUCUCUGCAGCAAUCCACACAUCAGGCCUGUAUGGCACAGCGGCCAGACGGAAACCAUUUCUUAGUAAAAACUCCAAGACUAAACAAAUGGUUCACCAAAAGUCCAGGAGAAAGUCUACCCCGAAGAAAAAAAUGACGGGCAACGUGGACACCCAGUUCACGUGCCCUUUUUGUAACCACAAGAAGUCAUGUGACGUGAAAAUGGAUAGAACUCAAAACGUAGGAAUUAUAUCAUGCAGCGUUUGCUUGGAGGAGUUCCUGACUCCUAUAACAUAUUUGUCAGAGCCAGCGGAUGUUUACAGUGACUGGAUAGCAGCCUGGAUAGCCGUCAACACGCCGAUCUGUGACCAGCCGUGAAUGUGUCACGCAUACUUUCAUUUUAGAUUAUGAGCAUUCCAGCAUAUAUUUUUCUAAAGUAUGUUUCCUAAUAAUUGUUUUUUUUAUGGAACAUAUUUGCAGUAUUAUACAUUGUGAUUAAUACAUCACAAUAUGCGAUUUUCUGCUCUUUUUGACAUCUGCUAGUGGGUUUUGGCCAAGUAUGCACCAAUAAAAGCAAAAAAUCAC